AGUUGAAGUUGCUGCAACCCUUUGAGGCAUUUCCUCGAACAGAGGCUCUGAUGGAGCUCGACUUUGGAGUCUCCUUUUGUCGGUUGCUGAGCACUCGUUUCUUGCAGCGGAUGCGGCGGCGGCGGCUGCGGCCUAGGGGUUUUCAGUUUUCUAUUUUCUUGGCCGUUUUCGUUUGGGGUUGCGGUGGUGCAUAUAAGCUGACAGGAGACUGACUAUUUUAUUGACUUGGAGAAGAAGAAUUUUGACCAUGCCUAGCUUUGAGAGCCAAGAUAACCAUUUUUGGUCACGAGCUAGACACUUCGAGCUCACGGACGAACAAAUUGCAAAUGCAAAUGUAAUUCACCAAUUGGUGAAAGACACUGAGUUCUACUUUCUCUCUGCCAUCUACUCUCCAUUUUCAUUGAAAAUGUAUACCGGCAGCUUGCCAUUGGAGACCUAUGAAUUCUACAGAGCCCUAGAAUUACACAUCAUGCAAAAGCUAAUUGAAGCGUUUUCAAUCCUGCGUGAAACUUGCAAUGGUUAUGAUGCCCACAUUCUUCUUCAGUUGGAGGCACAACUUAGUGGGGAAGCAAAGCAUAGAUUGGAAACAGAGUUAAUUGCUAAGCUUAAUGAGGAAGAUCUACCUGAAGCAGUUUCUAUAUUCACGGAAGAACUUUUAAUGCAAGCCGAGUUGUCUGUAGUAGGAUCUUCUGACGAUCAAACUAUUGCCUACACCGUUGCUACUGUGGCAGCUUGGUUGAGACUUUACCACGUUAUAGGUCAGCAUUUUAUGAAUUGGAUCCGAGGCAAGAUUGAAGGCAAUCACCUAUACCAAGACUGGUUUGACCGAGGUUGGUUCAAGUUUUUUGGUUGCGUUCAUCGAAACUGGUUUGAUUUUUAUGCUUCUGCUGAGUUUAAGGAGUUGGUUGUGCAAACUGAAUUCCUUCUUGAUCAAUCAUGUCAGAAUUUGUCCAAGGUCCAGCUUCAAAUACUUGAUAAUCGCUAUAGAACUAGCCUAAAAGAUGCAGUAUCUUUCUUUUCCCACGAAUCUGUGCAUGCAUCUGUCCGAGCUGUAGUUCCUAUUCUAGCAAAGCCUCCAAAAAGAUCUGAUGUCUAUUUGAUUUGUCAGUUGGCUAGUGUAAUUUCAUUUAAGCAAAAUUGUAGCCCUUCAUAUGAUUCAGGUCUUCUAGUGGAGCUGGAACCAAACUAUCAAAACUUGGUGAAAAGCUUAACUCCUAUUGUGUCGGUGGUGGGCUUUGACAAUGUAAAAGUGGGAGAAGUUUUUGAUAGCCUUUCACAAUUAAGAGAAAUUUUAUAUCGAAAUGUUGAAGAGUCCCAGAAGUUGGUUGGUAUUGACCGAAGGCAUAUGCAUAAGACUUCUUGUGAAAACGUUUCGGUUAACCCAGACUUUAUUUCACUGAUCAAUAAACUUCACAACAAGGAGGACUUCAAUGGAUUUGUUCAUGUCUACUCGCUGGAUUUUUCCUCAGACUUCGUCUCUAAUAUUUUUGAAACAGAGAUGAGCAGGGGACUGUUGCAUUGCUCUGCAAACCAGAUAUUUUGGCAUAAUGAGGAGGGCAUAUCAACAGGUCAAGUGUCUCGAGUUUUGAAGUAUCCGGGUCACUUGGCGUUAUUACCGACGAUACUAUUACCUGAGUGCAUCACGAUUUGUGUAGGAUGUGUUGUAGAUGACCUACCUUGCCUCCUUAAGGCAGAUAUAGGUAUAGUUGUUGAGCCGGCUGAGAGUCUUAUUGCACUUGGGAACAACUUUGGAGUUAAGUUUCUCCCUCUGCUGGAUAUGCUGCUGAUGAAACAGAAAGAUUGCGAUAUUGGAGAAGUUGUAGGGUGGAAACAUCAGGGUAGUGGUUUGUUGUUUGUAGGCAGGAACUGGUGUGAUGUUGCUGCCUUCAUUUGUACCUUGCAUGAUGUUCAGUAGUCGCAGGUUGCUCUGAGUAAUUUGUAAAUGUUGUUAGGUACAAUAUAUUCUGACUGCUUCUUCAUUCAAAUGGCCUGGAUGAUCUAACUACUUCUUGUUCUAUGAAUAUUUUGUAAAUCUUGUUAGGUACAGUAUAUUCCUACUGCUUAACGCUAUGAAUAUUCUGUAAAUGUUGCCAAAAUC